AUGGACAACCUCAAAUUCGUUACAGACCACCUGCGAUCCUCCGUCGCGCCAGAUCCGUCGCAGCGACAAAAGAGCGAGGCUUGGAGGUCUCGUCCUCCUUAUCAGCACGUCUCGGACGACGAGUUUGGGCCGGUCAAAUGGCAAGCCAUGUGCCACUGCACGCGUGUUCAGUACCAGCUGAGCCGCGAGAAGCCGCUGGCCGCAAAAUACUGCCAUUGUCGAGCCUGUCAGGUUCUACAUGCCGCCCCCUUUCAGUGGUGUGCGAUUUACCACAAGACAGAUGUUCGUUUUACGCGGGGCGUCGACUCGCUGAUGUUCUACUCGUCCCAUGAAAAGACCAGAGAAUACCAGGUGCCGACCAAAGUCUAUUGCGAGCAUUGCAGCUCGCCCAUAAUGGACGAAGGGCGGAACAUGUGUCUGAUAUUCCCGGAAUUGAUUGACUUGGGUGAAACUGAGGAGGAGCACUUGACACGCAGGAAAGUCUUUGAAAUCGACUGCCAUAUUUUCUAUAGCAGACGGAUUGUCGAAGUCAUGGAUGGCAAGACAAAAUGGUCUGGGAUAGACAAAGAGAGCGACAUACUGGAUGACAAUGGUCAUGGAUUGCACCAGCUGAGUAGUGCAAUUUGA